AUGAGCGGAUGGUUAGGAACAUGCAGCAGAGGGCAAGUACUGUUUUUCCUCCUUUUUCUUUGCGCCAUACAUUUCGCCUCCGGGCAAGCGCGAUACUCUGUACCGGAGGAGCAACCCGAGGGUUCCUUUGUCGGUAAUAUUGCAAAAGAUUUGGGCCUAGAAGUGCAACGGCUUUUAUCAGGUAAAGCCCGCAUUAUAACAAAAGGAUCUAGGCAGUUCGUAGACCUUAACAAAGACAAGGGGAUCCUUGUUGUUAAAGAGAGAAUCGACAGAGAAGAACUAUGUGAGCAGCAAGUACCAUGUAGCUUCAGUUUCGAUGUCAUUAUCGAGAAUCCUAUUCAGUUUGUCCCAAUCAGAAUAAUUAUCAAAGACCAGAAUGACAACACGCCUCAGGUUCUAUAUCCAGUACAGACUGGUGGCUCUCUUGUUGCUGAAGUAGUGCCUCGUUCAGCAGAGGUGGGUUAUCUUGUCACUAAAGUGGUGGCUGUUGAUGUGGACUCUGGACAGAAUGCCUGGCUCUCAUAUAAACUGCUAAAAACCACAGACAGGGCGCUGUUUGAAGUCGGAUUACAGAAUGGUGAAAUAAGAACUAUACGCCAAAUUACUGAUAAAGAUGCUGUGAAACAAAGGCUCACUGUUGUAGUGGAGGACAACGGCCAGCCCUCUCGUUCAACAUCAGUGAACGUUAACGUCGCAGUGGCGGACAACUUCCCUGAGGUCCUUUCGGAGUUCACUGAUUUUACUCAGGACAAGGAUUACAACGAAAACCUGACUUUUUAUCUUGUCUUGGCCUUGGCUGUGGUCUCCUGUCUAUUUGUCAUUUGCUUAGUGGUUAUAAUAUCAGUAAAAGUCUCCAGAUGGAGACGAUCUCGCAUGUACUAUCAGUCCAGUCUCCCAGUAAUUCCCUACUAUCCACCACGUUACUCGGACGCUGGGGGUACAGGAACUCUACAGCACAUGUAUACUUACGAGGUGUGCAGAACAACUGAUUCCCGAAAGAGAGACUGUAAUUUCGACAGACCUUGUAGUCAGAGCGUGUUGACAGUAGACCCCAGUUCGACAGGAACGAUUCAACUUGCGCAGCGCGAGAGAAACAUUUUGGAUGAACCUGAAUCUCCAGUGGAGUCACCCAGAGAUGUCAUUUAA